UUAACAGGAGUCUUGGGGUUUCAAAGGAUGCCUGUGAAGUGGAUGUCUGUUCUGCUGCUCCUGCAGAUGAGUUGCUACUUUAUACCUGAGAAUUGUGGGAAGGUGUUGGUAUGGCCAAUGGAAUUCAGUCACUGGAUGAAUCUAAAGAUAAUACUGGAUGAACUUGCACAGAGGGGUCAUGAAGUGACAGUUCUGAGACCUUCAGCUUCCAUUUUUCUUGAUCCCCAAAAGUCACCUGAUCUUAAAUUUGAAACAUUUACUACAUCUAUUAAUAAAGAUGAUCUCGAAAUUUUUUAUACACAGUGGGUCAUUGGCUGGAUGAAUGAAGUACCACGAGAUACAUGCUUGAGAUAUUUUCCAUCACUUGAUGAAGUGUAUAGGCAAUAUUCUGAUCUGUGGCUAAAUCUUUGUAAAGAAGCUGUUUUGAACAAGCCUCUUAUGACAAAGCUACAAGAAUCAAAGUUUGAUGUCCUUCUUUCAGAUCCACAUGGUCCGUGUGGUGAGCUGAUAGCUGAAAUACUCCAAAUACCCUUUGUGUAUAGCAUUCGCUAUUUUCCUGGCUAUGCAAUAGAAAAGAAUAGUGGGGGUCUUAUCUUCCCUCCUUCCUAUGUACCUAUUAUUAUGUCAGGAUUAAGUGGUCAAAUGACAUUCAUGGAGAGGGUCGAAAACAUGAUAUGCAUGCUUUAUUUUGACUUUUGGUUUGAGCCAUUUACUGAGAAGAAAUGGAGUCUGUUUUACACUGAAAUUUUGAGUAAACCUACUACAUUAGCUGAAAUGAUGAAGAAAGCAGAAAUGUGGCUUACUAGGUCCUACUGGGAUUUGGAGUUUCCUCGCCCAAUCUUACCAAAUGUUGAUUUUAUUGGCGGACAUCACUGCAAACCUAGCAAACCCUUGCCCAAGGAAAUAGAAGACUUUGUCCAGAGUUCUGGAGAACAUGGUGUUGUGGUAUUUUCUCUAGGGUCAAUGGUCAGCAACAUGACAGAAGAAAAGGCCAUGGCAAUUGCAUCAGCCCUUGCACAAAUUCCACAAAAGGUUCUAUGGAGAUUUGAAGGCAAGAAACCAAAAAAUUUAGGACCCAAUACUCGUGUGUAUGAGUGGAUCCCCCAGAAUGACCUCCUUGGUCAUCCAAAAACUAAAGCUUUUGUAACUCAUGGUGGAGCCAAUGGUGUCUAUGAGGCAAUUCAUCAUGGGAUCCCCAUGGUUGGCAUCCCUUUAUUUGGGGAACAACGUGAUAACAUUGCUCAUAUGAGAGCCAAAGGUGCUGCUGUUGGGUUGGAAUUCACUACUAUGUCCAGCUCAGAUUUGCGCAAUGCACUGAAGGCAGUCAUUAACAACCCUUUUUAUAAAGAGAACGCAAUGUGGCUGUCAACCAUUCACCAUGACCAGCCCAUGAAACCCCUGGACAGAGCCAUCUUCUGGAUUGAGUUUGUCAUGCGCCACAAAGGGGCCAAGCACCUGAGGCCACUUGCACACAACCUCACCUGGUACCAGUACCACUCUCUGGAUGUGAUUGGAUUCCUACUGGCCUGUGUGGCAGCCAUGGCUUUCCUUGCUGUAAAAUGCUGCUUGACUAUUUACCGAUUAUUUGUAAACUCAGAAAAGAAAAAAAGAGAAUAGGGCUCUUAAAAACAUUGGAUAUGAUCUCUGGAUAUGACUGGCAGGACUAUUCAAUUAAAUUCUAACACUGUUUAUCCGGUGCAGCAAUAUUAUCUUUUUUUUCUUUGAAGAUAUUAGGUUACUUAGUUUAUCUACGUAUUUUACAGAUAAAGGUUUAAAAGUUAAAGGUUAACAAUGCUGAAUCUUUACUUUCUCACAUAAUUAUAUUUCAUACAAAUUUAUCAAUGUAUUAAACUUCAGAAUAAUGAUAACCACUGAAAUAUUAGCCUUUUUACCAGAUGAAAAUAGGCCUGACAUUUUAUUAUAAAUUUUCAGAUAUAUCACUUUUUUAAGUAAAGCGGAAGGAAAUGGACAUUGAAUUACAGUCCAAAAGAAAAGAAAGAAAGAAAGAAAGAAAAAAGAAAGAAAGAAAGAAAAAAACCAAGAAAAUGAUCUGUUUAAAAAGUGACAAGUCAGAUUUUCUUUAAAGCAACAAAGUAUAGGGAAGAGGACUGAGAAUACACUGAACCCAACUCUAUCAGAAAAAGAGAGCAGUUCUGACUCCAUUUUGUGUUUGUUUAGACAAUUCUCAGUCCUAUCUUUUCCUCUCCCAAUAGUCAUGGCAGCCCUCAUAACACAUUUAUGAUAUCCAUGGCCUUUACCAUCAUUUAGAUGUAUUAAAUAAAACAACUUAUAAAGUAUGUCUAAAAUAACGACCAUGCUCUUCCAAGAAACACAUUUCAAGGUUAUUCUGACCCUCUUCUAAUGUUGAUGUAUCUUUGUUGGUUUUCUCUCAAAACUAUAUUCCUGAAGUUGGGCAUGAAGAUACCUUUUGGAGGUUAAAUUCCGGUCUUUGUCUGGCCAUCAAUAAAGAUGACUUAAAAUAAAAAAAUCAGAAAUACUAAUAGUAUUUGUCAUAUAAAAUAUGUACUAUUUUAAAGUAUGUAUUCCAGUGCUAUCUGUUAAUGAAGUUUAGUGUUAAGUCAAUCUUUUAUAGCUUUUAUAGCUUUCAAUAUUUAGCGAAACAAAAAUUUGCAACUGAAAGAAAAUAGAAAUUGGUAAGGCAAUAAUAUUAUUUAAAACUGUAUUUGCUAGCAUCCUAAAUGUUAUAAGUCUAAUACCAUAGAUAAUACCUGUGUAGAUAGCUCAUUAAAAAGAGAGACUUCUUUUAAUAGUGGUUUAGAAGAGUGAGCCCAUAUUUUAAUUUUCCAUAUCUCUCCCUAUGGUUUGUGCUUCGUAGCUUGUUUGCUUUAUGUCUGAUCUGUGUCUGUCAGUGUUACCAUUUGGAUUUUCUGAAUAUUUUCUGGUUUUAUGUAGGCAUGUAAAUUCCCCAUUUCAUCUGCUGUCAUACCUCACAGAAUUUCAUGGGCUAUGCUUCCAUACUUCAUUGAUUUCAAGAAACUAUUUUAUUUCCUUUUUAUUUUCUUCCUGGUUUACUGGUUAUAAAAAUAAUGCUUUUAAAUUCAGUGUUUGUAUAAUUUAUAAUGUUUGAAUUGUGGUUUUAUUAUACUGUAAUAAUAAAUUAUGCUUUUAAUUUGUA